ACAAAUGAAAUAUUUAUUAAAAGAAAACCUCGAAGAUGUGUCCCAAAAACAGAAGUAAAAGCCGCUAUCACAGCCACAGCCCUAGAAGAUUUGAUAUUCGUCGUAUAAGUCGUUCGCCGCUCAGAAGGUCCCCCGGGUAUUGUAUAUGGUUAGUUUGUUUUAAUAUCAAUGGCAGGCAGACCAGACCCAGAUAUCGAUGAUGAUUUCAGUGAACUUUACAAGGAAUACACUGGUCCGAUAGGGUCCGCAGCUUCCAAGGCACAAGAUAGGGUGAAAGAAAACAAACGUCCUCAUGCUGGUUCAAAUGAGGAAGAAGAACAGCCUGACCCUAAUGCGGUGCCCACUGACUUCACCAGCCGGGAAGCUAAGGUUUGGGAGGCUAAAUCCAAGGCUACUGAGAGGAAUUGGAAGAAGAGGAAAGAAGAAGAAAUGAUUUGCAAAAUAUGUGGAGAAUCAGGCCACUUCACUCAGGGUUGUCCCGCCACUCUCGGAGCAAAUCGCAAGUCUCAAGAUUUUUUUGAAAGAGUACCCGCUAGAGACCCACAUGUAAGAGCUCUUUUCACAGAGAAAGUUAUUCGGGGGAUCGAGAAAGAUAUUGGCUGCAAAAUCAAAAUGGAUGAGAAAUUUAUAAUUGUUAGUGGUAAGGAUAGGUUAAUAUUGAAAAAGGGUGUGGAUGCUGUACACAAAGUAAAGGAUGAAAGUGAUCAACGGGGUUCUAGUUCUCGCAUGAGCAGAUCAAGGUCCCCUGAACGAAGUCCUGUUGGUGCACGGUUGCGACGCCCUGAAUCACAAAGGGCUCAUUUAGGGCCACAUAAUUCACCACACUUCCAACAACGAUUUGGUAGGCAAGAUAAGGCUGUGGAAGACCGUGUCCGUGAUGAUCUACGGAAAAUUUCUAGAGAUUCUCCGCAAGCUUAUGGUAAUGAUGGAGCUAGAGGACACUCGAGCCACUCUAAAUCCCCAGGUCGUUUGCCUUAUGUGGGUAACUCAUUUAAUAACUAUGAGGGUCAUAAUCGAAACAUGGGAGCUUAUAGAACUGAUGGAUGGGAUACUGGGAGACGGGGAUCUGAUUUGCAAUCUGGCAAUCAGUUCGAAUACCAUGCCUUCCCUCAAACGUUAGAUGAGUUGGAGUUGGAAUAUAAGAGAGAGGCAAUGGAACUUGGGAGAAUUCGUGAUAAGGAAGAAGAUGAAGAGAAUUAUAAGCAUCGGGAGACAAUCAAUGAGAUGAGAGAGAACUACACCAAGAAAUCAGCUAUACUGAGGGACACACAUGUAAAACAGUGGGAGGAGUUUCUUCAAUUGGAUGCCCAGAGGCGUCAGCAACAGGCACGGCAACAAAUGUCUGCCUCAGGCUUUGGUGGUUAUAAACAGCAGGCUUAUUCUGAAUAUGAUGAAUCAUCAGUCCAUUCUCAUUAUGCUGGAGCUAGUUUACCCGUGGAUUCUAGGGGCAGGUACCCAAAUCCUAUGGAAAACUAUUCCUCCAGGCUUCAUGACUCUUAUGGUGUGUUUCAGCAUCAGAGGCGUGAAGAUUUUGGGAAAGCUUACAAUCGAUACUAAAUCGAUUUAAUGGGCUUGAUUAGGGUCCAUCAUAACUUGGUCGGUAAGGGAGUAAUACAAUGGUGAGCUCAAGUCUAGGAAAGUAUGUUGGCUCUGUAUCGGAGUUGAGAUGGGAACACUGACUCUUUGAAUAUCUUAUUUCAGUUUGUUCCAAUUUCGAUUUUGUAAUUUGGCUCUUAAGAAUGUCGGACGAGGUUUUGGUUUUUAGCUAGAGUAGCUACGUUCGGGAAUAAACCUUGUCUCGAAUUGUUGUUUAUUUGCAUUAGCUAGUGGACUCGACAUUUUAAAGAACAUGAGGAAAUUUCUCGCUGUUUUUGUAUGGUUGGACCAAUUAUUAGCACCCAGUGUGUCAUUAUGGAG